AUGGAAUUAAGGAAAACUAAAAAUGACCAAAUACAAAUAAAGAGUCCGGUCACUGAAGGAGAGGCAGAGGAAUUUCUAAGGAAGAUGAAACUAUCCGACUACUCCGUGGUGGAACAAUUACGAAAAACUCCAGCCCAAAUAUCUUUGUUGUCUUUGCUAAUACAUUCUGAUGAACAUCGUAAGGCUAUAAUGAAAAUUUUGAAUGAAGCACAUGUUCCUAGUAGAGUUACAGUGAGUCAGUUAGAGAAGAUUGCUGGGAGAAUAUUUGAGGUAAACCGCAUCACCUUUUCAGAUGAUGAACUACCCAAAGAAGGUACAGGACACAACCAAGGCCUACAUAUCACUGUAAAGUGUGAGCUUUUAGAUGUCACUCGAGUUCUAAUUGAUGGAGGAUCUAGAGCAAAUAUUUGUCCUUUAUCAACUCUACAGAAAUUGAAUGUUAGUGCUGAAAGGGUCCGACCCAACAAUGUAUGUGUUAGAGCUUUUGAUGGGUCAAAAACAGAUGUUAUUGGUGAGAUAGAGCUCGUGCUAACCAUAGGGCCUGUGGAUUUCGCUGUGAAUUUUCAAGUAUUGGAUAUCAACGCGUCCUACAAUCUAUUGUUGGGGAGGCCAUGGGUUCAUAGGGCUGGAGCAGUCCCCUCAACGUUGCAUCAAAUGAUUAAGUUUGAACACGACCGACAAGAGGUAAUUGUUCAUGGUGAGGGGUAUUUGUCAAUCUACAAAGACUCCUCCUUCCCUUUUAUCAAGGCGGAUAAUGAGAAUGAGACACUAGUUUAUCAAGCUUCUGAGGUAGUGGUUAUUGAGCAUGUCCCCGAGGGGAGUGUCAUUUCAAAACCAAAUAUGCCCAUCGCGUCUGUAAUGGUGGUGAAUGAAUUGAUGAAACAUGGGUUUGAGUCGGGUAAAGGCUUAGGAAUCUGCUUGCAAGGAAGAGCUUAUCCUGUGAGUCUACAAAAGAGCAUCGGUACUUUUGGCUUAGGCUACCAACCUGGAGUCGAGGACAAAAUGAAGGCAAAGAAGCAGAAGAGAGAUGUAUGGUCACUUACCAAGCAUAUACAACCAAUCUACAAAUCUUUCAUCAAAGCCCGCGCAACAGAAUCUUAUCAAUCAUGUUUUCCAGAGCCAGUGAUGAAAGUUAUCAAAGAAAUGAUCAACUAUUUUAAAGAUUUAUUUGUCGAGGUUGAUAUGGUGGAACUCGGAGAAGGCACUAGCGACAUAGAUGUGCAAUUCAUUGGUCCUGAUGUCAGUCUAAACAAUUGGGAGGCCACCCCUCUCCCCGUUAAAGACGAGUCUUGUCAAGAAAUCGAACAUGAUGAAGACAGAGUAUUUGAAGAAGUAAGGAAGGAUUUCAAUCAUUUUGAAAAUAAGUCAAAUCCAAACACGAGUGAAACUGAGACGAUAAAUUUGGGGGAUCAGGAAAUUAUUAAGGAGACUAAGAUAAGUGUACAUGUUCGACAUCAAAAGGACGAUAUAAUCCAGGCCCUGUUUGAUUACAAAGAUGUUUUUGCGUCAUCUUAUGAUGACAUGCCUGGAUUAAGCACUGACAUGGUUGUUCACAAGUUGCCAAUUGAUCCUAAUUUUCCUCCGAUAAAGCAGAAGUUGAGAAAACUCAAAACCGACAUGAGUGUAAUAAUUAAAGAGGAUAUCACAAAACAACUUGAGGCCAAAGUCAUACAAGUCUCUCAAUAUCCUUCUUGGUUAGCCAAUAUCGUACCCGUCCCUAAGAAAGACGGCAAACUUCGAAUGUGUGUUGAUUAUCGUGAUUUGAAUAAGGAAAGUCCAAAAGAUGAUUUUCCUUUGCCUAACAUCCAUAUUUUAUUGGAUAAUUGUGCUAAACAUGAGGUUGCAUCUUUUGUGGAUUGUUAUGCGGGCUACCAUCAGAUUAUUAUGGAUGAUGAAGAUGCAGAAAAAACAUCUUUUAUCACUCUAUGGGGUACAUAUUGUUAUCGUGUUAUGCAUUUUGGAUUAAAAAAUGCAGGGGCAACUUAUAUGAGAGCAAUGACAACCAUGUUUCACGAUAUGAUGCAUAGAGAAAUCGAAGUUUAUGUGGAUGAUGUUAUCAUUAAAUCUAAAAAACAGUCAGAUCAUGUGAAAGACUUAAGGAGAUUCUUCGAAAGGCUCCGCAGGUAUAAUCUCAAGCUUAAUCCUGCAAAAUGUGUAUUUGGAGUACCAUCGGGGAAGCUUUUGGGGUUUAUAGUCAGUCGAAGAGGUAUCGAGUUGGAUCCUUCAAAAAUAAAAGAAAUUCAAGAAUUGCCACCUCCAAAGAACAAAACUGAGCAUGAUGACACUGGGAAGAAAGAGCGGGCCAUUUAUUACCUCAGCAAGAAGUUUACCGUUUACGAAGCAAAGUACACCCUUCUUGAAAGAACGUGUUGUGCCCUAACUUGGGUAGCACAGAAGUUGAAACAUUAUCUUUCAUCUUACGCUACUUAUCUCAUCUCUCGUAUGGAUCCGUUGAAAUAUAUUUUUCAAAAGCCCAUGCCCACAAGUAGGCUUGCGAAAUGGCAAAUAUUGCUCAAAGAGUUUGACAUUAUCUAUAUAACGCGGACCGCAAUGAAAGCUCAAGCAUUGGCAGAGAACCCUAUUGAUAAAGAAUAUGAACCACUUAAAACCUAUUUUCCAGAUGAAGAGAUAUCUUGUAUCGAUGAAGUUAUUCACGAUAACGAUCAAGGUUGGAAGUUAUUCUUUGAUGGUGCCUCUAACAGGAAAGGAGUUUGA